AUGCAUCAGGGAGCUUUCCCGGCCGAUCGGAGAGGAGGGGAGGAAGCUGCAGUUGGUGGUACCAAUGGUAGACGACAACGUGUCAUUCUUGGGUUGCUGUUGGUGGUCGCAUUGGCAGCUAUUGCGCUUGACUACUUUACCAAACGAAGAAUCGAAAAGGCAUGCCUUGGAUUUAUUCACUGGGUAGAAGUCCACCCUUUGUUGGGAGUUCUGGCAGUUAUCUGUGUUUAUGCAUUGGCUACCAUCCUUUUCAUUCCGGGCGCCAUUUUGACCGUUGGCUGUGGAUAUGCAUUUCGCAGUGCUUUUGACAGCACCGCCAAAGGAGUGAUGUUUGCCACUGUGGCUGUUUUCUUGGGGGCAUUUAUUGGAUCUUUGUGUUCCUUUCUAUUGGGAAGAUAUCUCUUUCGAGACUGUGUCAUGCAGCUGGCGUCCAAUUAUCCCAUUUUGAGAGCCAUCGAUCGGGCACUGGAACAGAACGGAUUGAAAAUCAUGCUGCUGCUACGGCUCAGUCCCCUCAUACCUUUCAACGCCCUCGACUAUAUCAGCGGUGUUACUUCCAUUUCGUUUCGCGAUUAUGCAAUCGCCCUGAUCGCCAUCUUGCCUGGAACAAUCAUGUUUUGCAUGGUGGGAGCCACAGCAUCUAGUUUGACAGACACAAGUACUUCCUCUGAAAACAAGCUUGCCAGCAGAAUCAGCCUGGUAGGUGGCCUGUUGUUUGCCAUUGUGGGUGUUGCUGUUGCCUCGUACUAUUCCAAGUUGGAGCUUGAUAAGAUUUUGAAUGGGACUGAUGGCAGCAGGAGUGGUGCCCAGUAUCUUCAAGUUGGACCAGUGGAUGAUAACGUCCACUAUCCAAAUAAUGGUGAACCCGACAAUGGUGGACAAGCAGCAAGGAGGACAAUCGUAUGA